AUGCAGUUUUCUCUUAUUGUUAUUUUUAUUGAAAAAAGAUUUCGUGGAAUUAAUGAAACAUUUGCUUUACUGGCUGCUGCAAAUAAUAAUUUAACAGAUAUCAGUAUUAGCUCGUUAUCUUUACGCAAAAGAGGUUUAGACAAUUACAAACUUUUUGCAGUAAAAAACAAAAUUGUAAAUCUUAAAAAAUCAUAUCGAUCUCUGUAUGAAAUUACUAAAAGUGUCACUAAGUUUUAUUCGUGGCUUCUUGUUUUUGCGAUUCUUAAUUUUUCGACUGUCGUUGCUUAUAAUUUGUACAGACUCGCAAUAAUAACAAUUCGACAACAACUAUCAACAAAAUUGUGUUUUUUUGUCAGUAUAUGGUGUAUUACUUAUUUCGGCCCACUUUUAACAUUUACUGGGUAUGUUUCGAAAAUUUCAAGUGAGAUGUCAAGAACUGGCUCUAUUAUAUUUUGUAUUAUAGAUAAAUAUCAUUCACAUGCUGUAAUACAAGCCGAAUUAUUGGGUUUUACUGAUUCAUUACUACAUACAAAAAUUGAUUUUACAGCCGCUGGGCUAUUUUCACUCGAUUGUUCACUUGUCACAUCUCUCAUCAGUUCAAUAACAACAUAUAUAGUAAUACUGAUCCAAUUUCAUCAAGAUGAA